AUGACAAAAACAGCCCUCCUUAAAUUACUUUUAGCAAUAGUGAUCACAUUCAUUUUAAUUUUGCCGGAAUAUUUCAAGACACCCAAAGGAAACAUGUUGGAGCUAUCAUGUCUGGAAGUGUGCUUACAACCUGAUCUUACCUAUUCAUUCUCUUCCUUAAAUUUUUCUGUUGUGACUUUUCUGCAACCAGUAAGGGAAACUGAAACUAUGAUGGGAAUUUUUCUAAAUCACUCCAACUUUCAAAACUUCACCAGGAUAUGCCCUGACAUCACAAGUGAAUUUCAAAUGUGCUCCUCGUGUUUGGUUUGUGAGUCCAAAGGAAACAUGGAUUUUAUUUCUCAGGAACAAACAUCAAAAGUUCUUAUCAUGAGAGGAUCCAUGGAAGUGAAGGCAAACGAUCUUUCACCUUGUCGACAUUUUAACUUCACUGUAGCUCCUGCAGUUGACCACUCGGAGGAAUAUAACAUUACCUGUCAUCUAAGAACAGGCACCAGAAGCUCAGCAAUGAUGGAGGAAGAGCCAACCACGGAAAAGUCUAUAGACCAUACUUGUGGAAUUAUGAAUCACUCGAAUAAUUGUGUACACAUUUCUUUGCACCUAGAAAUGGAUGUAAAAAAUUUCUCUUGUUUCAUGAAGAUCACUUGGUAUGUGUUAGUAAUAUUAGUUUUUAUAUUUUUGCUCAUCCUCAUUAUCCACAAAAUACUUGAAGUCCAUAGGCGAGUGCAGAAGUGGCAGAGUCAUAAAUACAAACCUUCAUCUGUUCUCUUAAGAAGUGAUUCUGAGAAACUCCGAACAUUGGAAAUGCGGGGAAUUUCAGCAGGGGCCAAGCAGAGGCUGCCCUCGGCUCAGGUCAAGGUGGUGCUUUCUCCAAUACCAGAACUAGAAGUGCCUUCCACGACCCAUCAGCACGAGCAGUAUACACGGCUUCUCCUGUCACCAUUUCAAGAAGCGAUUGUAUUAAAUGUUGGUACCACAGCUGCCAUCAUCAUCGCAUCCUUACACCACAAUGUCCUUGUUAAGAGCAAAGAAACCUUGACACCCAGCAGAUGUUUUCUCAUGUCAGAGCAUCUAGAUCAAAGACCCACCCUUAAACCAACCAAUGAUGGUGGAAUGGGGCCAUCAGGAUGGGAAGGACCAAGAUUUACCUGCUUCUUAAGAAGGGGAGAGGAACUGACCAUCAGAAUGAAGACAGAGCUCUGUAAACAUGGAGAAAGUGUGCUGGCGGGCCUUGUGAAUGCUCCUCCUCAGUUCCAAGGAGAUGCGCAGAGAGAAACCGACUAG